AUGGCCUCAGAAUACCGCGGACCACCGCUUCUUGAUCUUACGAUUGAUAAUAUCACCCCAAAUACCAAUCUCAUCAAUGGGCAAUGUAGCGAUCCCCGCCUGAAGUAUUUGAUGUCACGCCUCGUGACGCACCUGCAUGAUUUUGCGCGAGAGACUCGCCUUAGCACCGACGAGUGGAUGGCAGCACUGAACUUCCUCGUUGGCUGUGGACAGAUCAGCAGUGACGUUCGCCAUGAAUUCAUUCUCUUAUCUGAUGUUCUGGGACUUUCACUGUUGGUUGACAGUAUCAACCAUCCCAAACCGCCUGCUUCAACUGAAGGCUCUGUUCUGGGCCCAUUUCACACCCACGACGCCCCGGUCAUGCCUAACGGUGGCUCCAUGUCAGAAGAUCCGGAGGGAGAGCCUCUUCUCUGUAUCUGUACGGUGAAGGAUACAGAGGGGAGGCCGAUCCAGGGCGUCAAGAUUGACAUCUGGGAGACGGACAGUUCCGGACACUAUGAUGUACAGCACGAGGGCCGAGAUGAAAAAGGUCCCAGUGAACGUUGUGUUAUGGAAAGCGACGAGAAUGGUCAGUUCUGGUUCCAGGCCAUCAAGCCAGUGAGCUACCCAAUACCGCACGACGGCCCGGUUGGGAAACUGUUGGAGAAACUAGGCCGGCAUUGUUGGAGACCUGCGCACCUUCAUUUCAUGUUCGGAAAGGAGGGCUUAGACCGACUUAUCACAGCAUUAUACCUCCGUGGAGACCCGUACGAGACAUCUGAUGCCGUGUUCGGCGUGAAACAGAGCCUGAUUGUCGACUUGGACAAAGUGGACAAGGCGACUGCGACGGAAUAUGGUGUCAAGGAGGGGGACUGGCUCCUGAAGCAUGAUUUCGUGCUCGUCACAGAGAAGGCAACAGAAGAGCUCCGAGACAAGAAUGCCGUGGAAGCCCUGGAGAAGCUCGGACUACGGAUGAAGCUUUUGGAUCACUUGCCAGUGCCAGAGUUGGAUUAA